AUGUUGUUGGAGGACUACAAUGACGGCGGAGCAUAUCCUGAAUUUCAUGUCGACCAAUAUCCUUAUGGCAUCGGUCGUCCGAUGCCCCUGGUUCCUCUCACCUUCAUCUGUGGGUUUCUUGGCUCGGGCAAGACAACCAUGCUAAAGCAUGUGCUCGAAAACCAGGAGGGAAAGCGUGUGGGAGUUAUUGUGAACGACGUGGCGGAAGUCAACAUCGAUGCCAAGCUGAUUUCGAAGAAGCAAAUGAGUGAUGAGGACGAGACCUACUCCGACACGGUCGAGCUUGAGAACGGCUGCGCGUGCUGUACGGCAGGGGGAGAUCUGAUGGACAGCAUCCUGAAACUCAUAAGGUUGUCGAUUCGUCGUGAGAUCAGCUACGACAGGAUUGUCGUUGAGAUGAGUGGAGUUUCUGAACCCAAGAAUCUGAGAGAGGAGUUCUUAGAAGCACAAGAUGCGCACCAGGUGUUCAAGUACGUCGAGCUGCAGACGAUGCUGACAGUCGUCGACGCCUCUCACUUCCUUGAGCUUUACAUCUCCAAGGAGGAUAUCCAGCAGAGGCCCGAGCUUGUGAUGAAGAACGACCCCAGUGGAGAACAGCACAUCGACAGCACGAGGAGGAUUGUGGACCUGCUGGUUGAGAUGAUCGAGUGCGCGGACUUCCUGAUCCUGAACAAGUGCGACCGAGUCUCGUCGAGCCGCAUGGAGAAUGUGAAGAGCGCCCUGUCGGAGAUCGUCUCCAACUUCAACCCGACCGCCUCCGUCGUCACCUGCUCGUGGGGCAAGGUCCCUUUAGAUGUCGUGCUGGGCGCGCCCAAGGGGAAGGGAGUCUGCAAGGUUGACGACGAAGAUGACAUCCGAAGAGCCGUGAAGGCAGCGAGACAAGCACAAGGCUCAAGGAAGCAGCAGACGUGA